AUGGCGUUAGACGUCCGUCACGAAUCCGAAAAACUUGACAAAACACUCCAACAAACCCCCGGCAUCCAGAUUUUUCUCCAGCCCAUCGCACCCCCAGCUGCUCUAGGUCUCGCUGGUUUCGCAGGCUCAACAUGGAUAACCUCAUCCUACAUCGCUAACUGGUGGGGCGGACCUGAAUCACCGACCAUUUUCUUCCCAUUCGUAGGUCUGUUCGGCGGACUAGCGCAAUUCAUUGCAGGGCUGUAUGGGUUCAAAGCAAGAGAUACAUUGGUGACUGUGAUCAACACCAUGUGGGGAAGUUUCUGGAUUAGUAUUGGGAUUCUAUAUGCUUUCGUCGCGGCCGGCGCUCUGGAAGCACACGAAGUGCAUACGCAUUUUCCCGAACUCGCGUCUUGGUUCGUGAUCCUCUGUGUUUUCACGUGGUCGGGAGCACUCGCUGCUACAGCAAGGGAUGUUGUUCUUAGCGUUUGCCUCUUCUCUCUAGCCAUUGGAAGUACAAUCGCUUGCUGCAUGUUCGCAUACAACGGUCGCCCUUCUUCGGCAGCGGAUACGAGUGCAUCGGGCGACAGUCUUUCUGGCGGAGUAACCAUGGGUAUGAAAGCUGCCAGCUACUUCUGGAUGUUGAGCGCGCUUUGCGCCUGGUGGAGAGUGACAGUAUAUCUUGUUGAGGAGGCAUAUGGUCCCGAUCACACAAUCACCAAGUUCUUCCCUAUUGGCAGGACACCUAUGGAGAGGAAGGCGCCUUUGGUUAUUCCCGGGCUGGGUGAGCCGGGUGUUAAGAGGGGUGUUCCGAAGCCACUGCCAGUGUAA